AGAGCACCAGCUGCCCUCCCUGAUUCAAGAUGAUGCAGACGCGCAUGCUCUCGAAAGAAGACGAAGUCGCCGUCGGCGGCGGCGACGACAAUGAGGUCCGUCGCGAGGACCAGGAGAAGAUCAAUAGGUUCAGUCGCCUGCAUCAGCGGGAGACCGUCCUGGAGGAUCUGUUGAAGGCGAAGCAGAAAGACAAAGAAGAUCUCGAGGAAGUCUCGACGGAACUGGAACUGGCGGAUGAAGAUGAAUUGGUUCCGUACAAAAUCGGCGACUCGUUCUUCCAGCUACCGCUCGAAGAAGCGCAGUCGCUGCUGUCCUCUUCCACAGAGCAGAUCGACACCGAGGUCUCCGGCCUCGAGGACAAGCUGGGCGAUCUGCGCGAGGAGCUGCAGCAGCUGAAGGUGGCGCUGUAUGCGCGGUUCGGCCGGAGUAUUAACCUGGAGACUUAACGUUAUGAAACCAACAAAUUCAGAAAAUUAAUGCAUUAAUCUCGAGGUGUUUACUGUUUAGCCGGGCGGAUCUGAUCUGACAUGAUAUUCGGGGUGUUCUGUUUCUUCCUACUCUGGGAAUAUUAGAGAUUGAGGUGACUGAGCAGGAUCACGUACUACUAGACGGCGGGGGUAGAAAAUUUCAUGUGUCAAUGAUUGUUUUACUACGAUUCGGUUCUUAUGGCCAAG